AUGAAUCUCAUGAACGACAAUCAGUAUCUUUCAGAAGGCCGCUUCGGCGAACUUCUGUUGCUGAUUCCGACACUGCAGCGCGUUGCAAAGUUGCUGGUAAUGAAGAUUGCGGCGGCCAGACGAGAUGGUCUACAUGUGGAUGAACUGCUAUGUGAUAUUCUGCUCGGCGAGGAAAUUCGUGUGCCCCUGAUGUUGCCAACGCUUGAUGCGGCAAAUAUGCAACUUCAAGGACCCUUCGGUGAGAACACUGAUCCAACCGACUGCUCGGCGAUGGGGUUUCGCGGGGAAGUUCGGCAGGAUCUGGAGCCGGCGGAUUGGCGUUCGGUCGAUGGAGGACAGUUUUCUGUUCACCAACAACUGAUCUCCUGUACGGACAGAAGCGACGUUAAUGGAGGCCUUGACGUCGGUCACGGCAACUCCUGGAUUUAUGACAAUAUGUCGCUAUCAGCCGAAGCACACAGUUAUAAACAGCCACCUCCGGUUUACGUACGUAAAAUGGAGGACGAACUGCCGUGUGAUGCGCUGCAGAAGGAUCUGAUUGGUCCAUUUCAAGGUCAAGCAAUUGAGGAGAACAAAAUGCCUUCACAAAGCGAUUCUUUCAUAGAAAUGAACAAUGGACACAACCCAGGUCUCGCAUGUUCACCUCUACCGAAUUACUCCGCCAAGAAAAAAACCGGAUAG